GGUAGGUUCGUGUCUGUCGUUCACACACGUCAUGACAUUGAUUCCAUGGAUCAACACGCUUCAUCGCCACUCGUCUGUCUGUCUGUAUGUAUGUCUGUUGCGAUAGCAUCAUCAAAAUUGUCUCUCACGCCACGCACACGCCACGCACAUCAUGACUGUCUGCCUGCCUCUCAGUCUGUCAGUCUGUGUGUGCGCCGGUCACUUGAGCAUCGGCAGUGUGCGGCGCGGCCGUUUCCUGACACACACAGACACACACACACAGAGACAUCCAUCCAUCCAUCGAUCCAUUUGUGUGUGUUGUGGUGUGGUUACGAGAGUCCGUCUGCCCUCUGUCUGAUGGCCGGGCUGCUGAUCGACUGGCGCCCCUUCUUGUUGUCGUUCUCACUGUGCGACGACUUGUCGUCGUCCACCGCCGCACGACCACGCUUGCGCGACACUGACGGACCAGUGAGAUGGCAUCAGACGAGAGAAACACACACAUUUGGUGUGCCUGUGUCUGUGUGUCUGUCUCUUGUACCUUGUUGUUGCUGCGAGUUGUUGUGUGUGUGUCGCCGCACACUGCAGCCCUUGCCCAUGUAGUCACGGGUACUCAGCAGUCCGCUCUCCUGCGGCCUGACAGAGAAUGACAUGUGUGUCUGUGUGUGUGUGUGUGUGUGGCAGCGACUUACUGUUCGGUUAUGCACUGUGCGAUUUCCUCGUCCUGCCCGAUCAUCGCAGCCAAACUCACACACGUCACCUGCACACACACACACACACACAGAUGGAUGGCUGGACGGUGUGUCUGUGUGCUCACAUAGCGGAUGUCGCUGUCGAGGAGCCUCUUGGUGGCCGUCGUCAGAAGCGCCUCAGCCUCGUUGUCAAG